AUGAUUCAUGUCAAUGAACAAGUCAUAGUUCCGUUUAGUGUGGGCCCUUAUAAAGACCAAGUCUUAUGUGAUGUGGUGCCAAUGCAAGCUAGCCACCUCCUUUUGGGGCGUCCAUGGGAGUUUGACAAAAUGACCUCUCACUGCGGCCACACCAACCAAUAUUCCUUUGUGCACGAGAACAAGCGUAUUUGCUUAAAAUCCUUGAGUCCUACACAAGUCUACGAGAUGCAAUCGAAAUUGUCUAAGGAUCCGGACGCUAACUUUUUGAUCAAUGCUAGUAUUGUUCGGAGAUCACUUAGUGACUCCACUUGUCAAGUGUUAUUGAUGGUGUUUCAAGAUGUUGUGAGUACAGAACAUGAACAGGACGCCGUCCCGUCCGUGAUCAAGUCACUAUUACGGUGGUACCAGGACAUCUUUCCUGAAGAAUUACCACACGGCCUACCACCAUUGCGAGACAUUGAGCACAAGAUCAAUCUCCUACCCGGUGCACAACUGCCUAACCGACCAGCUACCGUGUGA